AUGAAAAUAAUUAUAUUACCAAAUUAUAUUCAAAAUAAAAUUAUUAAAUUAUUAUGUUAUAAUUAUAAUUUAAUAAAUCAAUCAUUUAAAAUUGAAUAUAUUGAAAAUUCAGAUUUUUAUGAUUCAGUUUAUUAUUUAAAUGAUUAUAAUAUUGAAAAUUUAAUAUUUGUAAAUUGGUAUUGGUUUAAAACUGUAUCAGAUAAUAUUAAUACAAUAAUAAAUUUUAAUUAUAAAUUAAAUAAAAGAUUAAAUUUUAAUCAAUUUUUAAAUCAAUUUAAAAAAAAAUCAACAAUCUUUAAUCAAAAUCAAAAUCAAGAUCAAAAUCAAAAUCAAAAUAAUAAUGAAAAUAAUAAUGAAAAUAAUAAAUAUUUGUUUAUAAAUAAUAAUAAUAUUGAAAUUUUAAUAUUAGAUUUUUCAUAUUUAUUUAAUUGUUUUAAAUUAUUUAUUUUAAUGUCAAGAUCAAAAAUUUUUAGAAAAUUAUUAAAUGAAAAAAUUAAAUUUGAUUAUCCAAAUUUAAAAAUUUUAAAAAUUAAUAAUUCAAUUAGACAAUUUCAAAUUGAUUUAAUUAAUUCAAUUGAUUUUUCAAAUAUUGAAAUUAAAAAUUAUUCAAUGUUAAAACAAACAAUUGAUAUAAUUAGUGGUAGUAAUGAUGAUGGUAAAAGUUUAAAUCAAUUAAAUUUAAUUGAUAUUGAAAAUAAAUUAAAAAGUAAAGUAAUUAAUAAAAAAAAAGAAAAACAAUAUCAACUUGGUUUAAUUUCAUCAUCAGGUAGUUCAUCAUCAUCAUUAAAUUUUCAAAACUUUGAUCCUAUUAAAUUAUCAAAAAAUAUUAAAUCUGUUGAUAAUUUGAAUUUAAAUGGUGGUACAUAUGAAUUGAUUUCAAAUACAAUUAGUCAAUUAAGUUUUGUUAGAAAAUAUUGUUAUGUAGAUUCAAACAUUUUUCAAUCAAUUUAUAAUGAUGAAAAAUUUAAUUCAAACAAUUGUUUAAUUAAUAGUGAAUCUUUUAAUAUCAAUUUUUUAACUUUUGAAUCUUUAGUUUCAAUUUUAAAGAUUUCACCAAAUUUAAAAAAAAUAAAUUUAAAAUUUUGUUUUCAUCAUUUAAAUUUUAUUUUUUCAAAUAUUAAUCACGAUGAUGAUGAUGAUGAAAGAAAUCAAUUUAAAUCAUGUUUAUGUACACCAACAAAUCAAGAUUCAAAUGAUAUAUAUUGGAAUUUCAUUUAUAAUUAUAUUAUAAAUAGUAAAACUAUUAAAAAAAUUAUAUUUGUUCAAUAUUGUAAUGCUUCAAAACUUGUUCCAAAAGUUUCAAAAUUUUGUAAUAACUUUGAAAAAAUUUUUAAUUUAUUAAUUGAAAAUAAAAAAUUAAAAGUUUAUAAUUUACCAUUUUUAAAAAAUAAAUGUCUAUUAAACGAUUUAUCAAUUAAUACUAAAAGAUUUAAUAACCAACCAUCCACAACCAAUAUCAUUGUAAAUAUUGUUGAUGAAAAGUUCAAUGUUAAUAGAUUUUCAAACCAAUUGGAAAAGUUAGACAUAAACAAAAUAUUAUCAGAAUGUGAUAAUAACUUCGAAAAAACUAAACAAGUAAUGGCCAUUACAUUGAAAAAUUAG